CAUUCAUCUCUGAUUGUGUUUCACAAUGGCUUUGGAAAUUCAGAAGGGUCUGCUUCGAGGCUUCAUUCAGAAUAUGUAUGAUGAGGGAUUUGUUAAUGAUCAAUUUUAUCAGAUGCAAGCCAUGCAGAAUGCCAGGCCAGAGGAUGUUAUGCGAACAAUCACUUCCUACUGCACUGCUGCUGAAAAUUUAUUCUCUCGAUUGACCUUUCACACCAACCGAGCUGAGGUUGACUUCCGUCAGGUUCAUUUUCUUGCUCGUGAUCUGUAUGCAAGAACCAGCAAGUAGUUUUUUUUUAUUCACUCUUUUUUUUUUUUUUGUUACAUUAGCUGAUAGGCUAUAUAAUAGAGAAUAACCCUUCCCUUCCCUUAAUCUCUCCUCAUCUGUCUCAACGUUUGAACUCAAAAUCUUUAACUUGGAGUCUUAAGUUCCUAACUACUUGAGACACCCCAUUGGAGGCUUUUGAUUCACUUCAUUAAUCACUAACAUAGGAGUUAACAUAUAUCAUUUAAAUCCUAAUACAGUCAAUCCCUCCAUUGUUUCGGUAACAGACUAAUAGUCACCAUGAAUGAUUUGACCAUUCUUUCUAAUAUUGUUGUAUCACUUUUCUUUUAUCUUCUAUUUUUCCUUUUUUUUCUCUACUUCUUCUAGCAAUUUUUCAGUCAAGCAUUAAUCAUUUCGUUCGCACAUUGUCCAGUAUUGGUGCAGAGCAUGUUAAGCUUGCAUGUGCUGAAAUUAUUCGGGCUGCAGAACAGAAUAAUAAGGAACAGUGCUGUCAAACUCUGUAUUGGACUAAGAAUGAAUUUACCCAUCUGAGAAGGAAAUUUGAGACUGUGGUGCAGAUGGAGAGGAGGAUUAUUGAGCUUGCAAGUAGAAACUGAAAGGGAGCCAGAUCCUAUCCCAACUUAUCUCCUUCAGUUGGAAGUUAUCUAGUUGAAAGUUUGCAAUGUUUUGUCAAUGUUUCCAUUUCGGGCAUCUCUGCUGUAGCCUUACGUCCGGAACAGGAGAAUAUGCUACAGUAGCCUGUUUCUUUUAUAUUUCUAUUUGAUGUAAAUGCAUUUCAAGUUUUUAAUCAGAAUGUUUAUUGUUGUUAAAAGCAAUGCAAAUCAGACAAUUGGGAACAAUCUAAUCUUCGUUGAAUCUUCUUGUUAUCUACAGUGCCAUACUUCAACAAAGAUGUCAUAUGGAA